UCAAAUAAUCCCAAUAACUUUGAGAAAGCUAGCUAGUGAGCUAUAUCUAACUUUGAAAAUUGCCCAAUAUACAUGUUCUACUUUGCCUACUGCAACAUAUCCUAGUUAGUUAGCUUCUUGGUUCUUAAUUACACUACAUACAUGGAACUUGAGUCGGGUCUUGCUCUCCCCACUCACAAUUCCGUUGAGGAAUUCAAGCUUAACAAGUCGAAACAGAUAGUGAGUUUAGAGUUAUGGAGACCCAGUUGCGGUUCAGAUAGCGAAAAGCGUGUCAAACACAAUAAGCGCAGCUUCGAAGAGUCCUUUGGACAAUUUUUGAAACCUUUUCCUUUACUAGUAUGGAGUGGACAGCCAAAUGAAGAAGAAGACCGUAAUGAAAAGGUGCAAAGAAACAUUCACACACCAAACAAGAACGGUGAUGAAGAAAACCAUUUGGUGGGGUGGCCACCAGUUAAAUCAUGGAGGAGGAAAGAGCUCCAUCGGCAGCAGUAUCCUGCGAGAGGCCAAAUUAGGAACGAUAGGAUUCAAGCUAAUGAGAAUCAAAGUAGAAGACCAAACUCUUUAUAUGUAAAGGUUAACAUGGAAGGGGUAGCCAUAGGAAGGAAAAUCAAUUUGAGGCUUUUCAAUUCUUAUCAGACACUUACAAGCAGCUUGAUCAGCAUGUUUGCUAAAUACCAAAAAUUUGAGGAAGUUGGAGAAAGUUACACACUCAACUUUCAAAACGAACAAGGGGAUUGGCUGCAAGUAGGACAUGUUCCAUGGCAAUCCUUCAUUGGUACUGUGCGGCGUUUGGUGAUACUGAGGAAUGGAAGUGAAACUAUUUGACACAGAUUUUAAUUUGUGCUCUAAUGUUGUUUAUGGUGUCGGUUCGGGAAAAAGAGUAUUUGCUUGAAUAGGUUGUAGAGAGCAAAAGCAAAGUAUGAAAAGUCGAAUUACAAGUGACUUGCUUCAGCUUUGAUUCUUUUUAAUAAUUUUGUAUUGUUUCAAUCACAAGUAACCUGAUCGAACUUUCAAAUUUCAACAUCUGCCAAAUAAUCAGCAAAAUUUACCCAUGAU